GAAGAAGGUUGGCAUCAACCCCAAGAUUAAUAACCUGAUGCCAGGUUAUGAGGGGGCAAAGCACGGCCUGGUGUGGAUCUGCGACACGGAAUACGAGUGAAACCGGACACCCUGACGGAUAUGGCCUAUCAGAUGACGGAGAAGGUGGGGUUAGUCCAUGGCCUUCCCUAUGUGGCCGACAGACAGGGCUUCGCUGCUACACUAGAACAGGUGUACUUUGGCACGUCCCACCCGCGCUCCUACAUCUCAGCCAACGUGACAGGUAUUAAGUGUGUGACAGGAAUGUCCUGUCUGAUGAGGAAAGAUAUCCUGGACCAGGCUGGAGGGCUGAUCGCCUUCGCUCAAUACAUCGCUGAGGACUACUUCAUGGCGAAGGCUAUCGCUGACAGGGGAUGGAAGUUCUCCAUGGCAACRCAGGUAGCCAUGCAGAACUCUGGGUCCUAUUCGAUUGCUCAGUUCCAGUCCCGCAUGAUCAGAUGGGCCAAGCUUCGUAUCAACAUGCUCCCCGCCACCAUCUGUGAGCCCAUCUCAGAGUGUUUCCUAGCCAGCCUGAUCAUUGGCUGGGCGGCGCAUCACGUGUUCCACUGGGAUAUUAUGGUCUUCUUCAUGUGCCACUGUCUGGCGUGGUUCAUCUCUGACUACAUCCAGCUCCGAGGAGUCCAGGGCGGCGCGCCGGCCUUCUCCAAACUGGACUACGCUGUAGCCUGGUUCAUCAGAGAGUCCAUGACCRUCCAGAUCUUCCUGUCGGCCCUGUGGGACCCCACCAUCAGCUGGAGGACGGGGCGCUACAGGUUACGAUGUGGGGGUACGGCCGACGAGAUCCUGGACGUAUAGCUGUACUGCAUGAGUCCCACCUACAGGGACAAUACCCUGGGUCCAAUCACCCCCAGGGGCCAGAGACAAUACCCAGACACAGACUGAGUCCGUGUCCCGGGCAGCACCCUAUUUCCCUACAUAGUGCACUUUCUGACCUGGGCCCACACUUGCCCAUACUUUCUGCUCUGCUCAACAGUAGUGGACUAUAAGAGCAGUAGGUUACCAUUCGGGACGCGGACAAAGAGAUGGUAACGUUGAGAAGAAGACAGAAAUAGCUAUGGAAUCAUCCAAAGUGUUUGGUUGUUUUUAACCUGCGUGUUAAAAUGUUUUCAUUCUUUAUGUUACUGUUGCUUGUCUUUCCUGUUUUUAAUUUAAAACUCUUGCUUGGACGGUUCUCCAAUAGGGAGACCGGGCCCAUGGCAAGAGAUAAGGGCUGUGUCCCAAAUGCACCCUAUUCCCUAUAUAGUGCACUACUUUAAUCCAGGGCCCUAUAAAGGGAAUAGGGUGCCAUUUGUAAAUAGGGUGACUCUUCAGCCAGGCUUUAGGGGUAAGAUGUACACUUCUUACAGUAAGCUUCACUGGGCUAUCAUUAAUAUGUUGGUACAAUAUCGCUAAGUCUCAAGCAGCACUAACUAGAAUCAAAUCAUUCUCCACUCACUUUAAAAAAUAUAUAUUUUUUAAAUAUGAGAACUACUGAAAACUGCAGUUUCUGAAUUCCCUUUGCUCCGUUUUUUUUGUUGUUGUUGCCUGGUCAGAUUUAUUUUCAAGCCAUGUGCUGGUACUCUGAUCUGUAGUUAUCUGAGCCGACAAGAUCACAGCUGUACUUACUCAUCAGGACUUUCCUGCUUAGCUCCUGGAGAGUUACUUCCUGGUUGUGCAAGGUUUUUAUUACAACCCAGCACUAACACACUUUGGGUCUGGACCAUUGAUUAGCUGAUUGGGUGUGUUUUAGUGCAGGGUUGGAACAAAAGCCGACCCUACAGUAUGACGCUCAGUUCCACCUUCACUCCUGUGAAGUUCCUCUGUCUGGUCUGUCAGUGUUCUGUCAUCGCUCUGUUCCACCUUCACUCCUGUGAAGUUCCU